AUGGAUCUGACCGUCUACAACUCCAUAAUGAAGUGCGACGUCGACAUUCGUAAGGACCUCUACGCUAACAACGUUCUUUCCGGUGGUACCACCAUGUACCCUGGUAUCGCCGAUCGUAUGCAGAAGGAAAUCACUGCCCUCGCACCCUCGACCAUCAAGAUCAAGAUCAUAGCACCUCCCGAGAGGAAAUACUCCGUAUGGAUCGGCGGUUCGAUCCUCGCUUCCCUAUCUACCUUCCAACAGAUGUGGAUCUCGAAGCAGGAGUACGACGAGUCCGGUCCUGGCAUCGUUCACCGCAAGUGCUUCUAAGCAAUUAUAUUCAUAUAAACGAUUGUUAUUGCUAUAUUAUCUUAUCAGAUACACCCAUAAAUUCCGCACUAUUUCAUCUCAAUCUACAUGUCGAUUAUUUCGAGUUGGUACUUUUUAGCUACGACCACAAGGAAUUCCUUAUUAGUAGUAGCAAUCGGUAUUCUUUUUGGCAAUAAUCGUAUAUAACCGUCAUAUUGUGUGUAACCGUAUGUGUGUGUGCGUGUGUGUGUGUAGACAUGCAUACAGAUACACAUAUACACACGUAUAUGUAUAUAUACACACAAUUUCUACAUCUCUAUCUCUAUGGAAUAAAUCAGACUUAUAUUUUCA